AUGGAGACCAGGCUGCUGAGGGCUGCUGUUCUCCUCUCCCUGGUGGAUGUUCUCCAGGGCUUUGCAAUGGAGGAGAAAGGAGACGUGUUCCAGCGGACGCCUUGUCCCGCUUUCCUGGUGUUGGACAACACCGCCUACUUGGCUGACAUGACCUUCGAGCUGCCCUGCAACUGCAAGCCCGAGGAGGUCUCCUCUGUGGUCUGGUACUUCCAGAAGAACAUGGGCAGCCCGCAGGUCACCGUCCUGACCGACUUCUCUGGCACCGUGGCCAUGGCCUCGAGCCACGCCCGGGCGGGCAGCGCCGUCCUGAAGCGCUUCAGCAUCCGCAUGUUCAGCCUCAUUGUCUUCAAGGCCCAGGUGAGCGACUCGGGCCACUACCUGUGCGGCACCAGGCGGGGGGACUUCUUCUACGGCUACGACGUGGACGUGCAGCCCAGCAGCCACAUCUCGGUGGCCUUUGUGGACAAAGGCCAGCAGGUCCAGCAGGACUACUCGGGGGAGUUCUUCAAGCUCUUCACCACCUUCUGGGACUGGACGAGGUGUGACCGGUGCGGGGUGCGGGGCGAGCAGCGGCGGGUGGGGCUGUGCUACCUGCAGAGCCCCCAGCUGCACCCGCGCUACCGCACCGCGCUGCCCAACGUCACCUCCUGUGGCUCCAGGGCUGUCCCCGCACAGCUCCAGGAGGCCGUGCACCUCCGGAGGCCCGAGGUGGCCAUCCGAAGCUGCCUGAGCCCUUGCCCCAAGGUGGAGGCCCCCAAGGAAGGGGUGAUGGCCAUCUCCAACGUCAUCGCCAAGCUGGGCCAGAAGCCCUGGAUGCCCCGUAUCCCCACGCAGUUCCACAAGCAGCUGGUUGGCACUACCCUGAUCAUCGCCUGCCCGGGGGCCCGGCCCGAGCACGCGGUGGCCUGGGACAAGGGCUCGAUGCGGCUCUACCGCUCCCGCUACCUCAUCAACGUCAACAGGAGCAUGAGGCUCUUCAUUGACCACGGAAACCACCUGCACAUCCAGCGGGUCCGGAGCAGGGAUGGAGGCACCUACUUCUGCUGGCGGGAGGGCAAGAUGGUGGCCGGGUUCCGGCUGAGCGUGACCUUCCCGCCGCGGCGCCGGCGGACGCUCUAUGACCCCGAGACCAUCUACGCCAUCAAGACCAUCGGCAUGAGCUACGGUAUCAUCACCGGUGUCUUCAUCCUCAGCCAGGUGUGCCGCUGCUGGUGGCGGUCGCUGAGCAGCCCUGGGACGUAG